UUUUCAGAAUAUCUGCUAUGUGACUUCAGCCCCUUAAAUGGGACACCUGACAUUAUAAUUAUAGUGUCAAACCUGAGAGAUUCUCUGUUCUAGCUUUUAUCCUUCUCCUAAUGACAUCACUUAUUGUCUACUGGAAAAUCAAUUUAGGAAAUCAUUUUAGUCCACUAAGCACUUCAGAUAAGGUGAUUCCAUGAAGCAUUCCAAGAUUAUCACAAGGAAUUGCUUUCGUAUGUCAUAAAAGAAGAAGAAAUAAGCAGAAUAUGGCCUGCUGAGGAAGGUUACAGUUUUACAGCCCCUCCCACUGCAGCACUUAAGUCACUCGGUUACAGUUAACUUUGGAUUGUCACAGAUUGAAAGCAAAACAGUCGUCACACACUCUGGGCUUGUGGUGUGACUUGUAUGUGUGUUUCUAAAUCAAUGAUGAGGGUAUCGGAACCAGUACUGGAUAUGGACAUGGCAAAUUACAGUGAAGUUUUGGACCCAACUUAUACGACUUUGGAGUUUGAAACCAUGCAGAUUCUGUAUAAUUCAAAUGAGAGUUCUGCCCCAGAGACGACAAGUAUGAAUACCACCGACAAUGGGGUCAACUGUCUAUGUGCUAUAUGUGGAGACAGAGCAACAGGAAAACACUACGGGGCCUCGAGCUGUGAUGGGUGCAAGGGCUUCUUCAGACGCAGCAUUCGCAAGAGCCAUGUUUAUUCCUGCAGGUUCACUCGGCAAUGUGUUGUUGACAAGGACAAAAGGAAUCAAUGUAGAUAUUGUCGAUUAAGAAAGUGUUUUAGAGCAGGAAUGAAAAAAGAAGCUGUGCAAAAUGAACGUGAUAGAAUAAGCACCAGAAGAAGCACAUUUGAUGGCAGCAACAUCCCCUCCAUUAACACGCUGGCACAAGCUGAAGUUCGGUCUCGCCAGAUCUCAGUCUCAAGCCCUGGAGGAAGCUCUGAUAUAAAUGUUAAGAAAAUUGCAAGUAUUGGUGAUGUCUGUGAAUCCAUGAAACAGCAGCUCUUAGUCUUGGUGGAAUGGGCUAAAUAUAUUCCUGCCUUCUGUGAGUUACCAUUGGAUGAUCAGGUGGCACUGUUGAGAGCUCACGCAGGGGAACACUUAUUGCUUGGAGCUACAAAGAGAUCUAUGAUGUAUAAAGAUAUUUUGCUUUUGGGAAACAACUAUGUUAUUCACCGAAACAGCUGUGAAGUUGAGAUUAGCCGUGUGGCCAAUCGGGUUCUAGAUGAGCUGGUUCGACCCUUUCAGGAAAUCCAGAUUGAUGACAAUGAGUAUGCUUGUUUGAAGGCAAUUGUAUUUUUUGACCCAGAUGCAAAAGGGCUAAGCGAUCCAGUAAAAAUUAAGAACAUGCGGUUCCAAGUGCAGAUCAGCUUGGAGGACUACAUCAAUGACAGGCAGUACGACUCCCGGGGGAGGUUUGGAGAGUUACUUCUGCUUUUGCCCACACUACAGAGCAUCACUUGGCAAAUGAUUGAGCAAAUACAGUUUGUUAAACUUUUUGGGAUGGUUAAAAUUGACAACCUACUUCAGGAGAUGUUACUGGGUGGUGCUUCCAAUGAUGGUAGUCAUUUCCAUCACCCAAUGCACCCGCAUUUGUCUCAAGAUCCAUUAACUGGACAAACUAUACUUUUAGGUCCUAUGUCAACAUUGGUUCAUACAGACCAGAUUUCAACUCCUGAAACCCCACUCCCUUCCCCACCGCAAGGCUCUGGACAAGAACACUACAAAAUAGCCGCAAACCAAGCUUCGGUCAUUUCUCACCAGCCUCUCUCCAAACAAAAGCCAUUGUGAAAAUAUGUUUACUUUUGAACGGCACUGCAUAAAUGUGAAAAGCUGUUGGUCUCGAAGUAUCUCAGGAUAGUACUUUUGGCAAACUCUUAGCCAAGGCUUCAUCAUGGUGCUGUUAUUAGAUGGUAUCCUGUUUUAUUGUUUAUAUGUUCAUUUUGUUUGUUGUUGCUACUGUGUAAAACUUUCACAUCAACUAUGUCUUUUUUGAAUAUGUUUGUAGAGUGUAUCGUUUCCAACUGCCCCUGCAUCGCACCUCAACCAGCUGAAUCUCAUGUACUACUGUCAUUUGUUUUCUUAAUAUUAAUUUAAAAGUGUAAAUAAUUGUUUUAUUGUGAUGUGGUGCAGAACACAUCUUUUGUUCUUUUUUGACUGAGAAUAGUAGAUGAGAAAUCCCAGGUUAAUAUAAAAUGAACUAAGUUUUCUAUAAAUUAUAAACUUGCAGAUUAGGAAAAAUAAAGCAGCUGCUGUAGAAUAGGAUGCAUUUCUUCAAAGAAGAAUCAUUUAUGGGCAUUCUGUGGCGAAGUAGCAUCUCUUUGGUUCAUUGUUAAAUAUUCCUAUCUUAAGUUUAGAAAAUUAUAAAAAGCCAUGCCAAGGAUGACUGGAUAGUCUUUGAAAUCUGUUUUUGAGGAUGCAUGUUAAGAUAAAACAUGUUAGGAUACAGGCUAAACUGUAACAAAGAAACCCCUAAAACAGUGGCUCAGCCAAGAGAGACAUUUCUUUCUUUCUCCUGAAACAAUCUAGAAAUGGUCAUCCAUGGAUUAGAAAUGAGCACAUCUAGUACCCAGGGAAGCCAGGAGAGUCAUCUUUCGGUAGAAAGCCUGUGUCAGCUAAAGCCAUUCUGCUCUGAGAGAGCCAAUCCUUGGGACAAAUUAGCCAUCUACCACACAUGUGCCUUAUUUAGUCCUCACAGCAACCCUGAAUGAGAGGUAUUAUUAUCUCUCUUUUAUAAAUAAAGAAACCUUUAGCCUAAGGGUUUAAGGAAUAUCACCAGAGUUCAUAAACCGAAACAGUAAGAGAAGCCACAUUCAAACCCAGGUCUGGUUGACUGUAAUGAGAAUAAAUCUUCGGUAUGAAAUGAAAAAUGUGAGCUUCUUCCAGUGUGACUUUUCAAUAUAUGCGGCUGAGUGAUGAUU